AUGAGCAAUUCUCUGGAUGGCGCGACUGCGGUAGCCGCGCCCACAGACUCCCCUGCUGUCACCACUCCCAACAAUGCCGAAUCAAUAGCCCAAGGCAAAGAGAAGGCCAAAGAGGUCCUAGCCGCCUCGGGCAUCAACAUCUCUGGCAACGACACGCAAUCCGAAGUAGAUGGCUCCGAUGCCAAUCCCAUCGCGAACCGGAAGCGCAAACGCGAAACACCACUAGAAAGAAUCCAGGCGGACGAAUAUGUCCAGCGCGAAUACCAUUACAAGGCGCUUUUGGCAGAACAGAUCAACCAUCCAGUACUGUCACAGCAAAAGAAGCAGGAGCUCGCUUUCUACCAGAGCCUGCGACCGAGACGUGAACAUGACCCGGGCUCCAUCUUCGGGUUUGGCUAUGAAGGGUUUGGCAAUCCUAGGACGGACGAGAAGAAUCUACGCGACCCUAUUCUCUACCCACGGCAAAGAAGACCGGGGAAACGGAAAACACUGCCUCCGCGCGUAGCUCGCAAGGACCAGAUUCUACAAGCCGAGCAAAGCGAAGACCUGGUACCCAUUCGUCUCGACGUCGACUGGGGAAAGAUCAAGCUGCGUGACACGUUUACUUGGAAUCUCCAUGACCGGACCACAUCUAUCGACUAUUUCGCGGAGAAGCUGGUGGAAGAUUUCGGUCUCGAGGUUGCAGCCUGUGGACCUCUUGUGCAAGCAGUGGCUGCCAACAUCCGCGAACAGAUCACCGAUUACUGCCCUCAUAUCUAUACCGACGAAGAGCCGUUAGAUCCGUCUCUACCGUACUUUGCUUACAAGAAUGACGAGAUGCGCAUCUUGAUUAAGUUGAAUAUCACGAUUGGGCAGAAUACACUCAUCGACCAAUUUGAGUGGGAGAUCAACAACCCCUUCAACUCACCAGAAGAAUUCGCGCGCCAGAUGACCAACGAUUUGUCUUUGGCAGGCGAAUUUACCACGGCCAUUGCACAUUCUAUCCGUGAACAAUGUCAACUGUUUUCCAAGUCCUUGCACCUUACCGGUCAUCCCUUCGAUGGUCGGCCGGUCGAAGAUCCUGACCUACGCGAGAAUUUCCUGCAAUCUCCACUACCCAGUACCUUCCGCCCUUACCAAAUGGCCAAGGACUACACCCCAUACCUCUACGAACUCAACGAAGCAGACUUGGAGCGCACAGAGCUAUCCAUCUCUCGAGAACAGCGGAGACAGAAGAGGUCCACUAACCGUAGAGGCGGUCCUGCGUUACCAGACCUGAAAGAUCGGCAGCGGACUAUUCGCUCCCUCGUCGUUUCUUCCGUCAUUCCUGGAGGUGCAUUGAGUUUGGAGGAAAGCCGAAUCUUCCGAAUCCCCAAGGCUGCGAGAAGAUCUGCCCGCGGCCCAGGCCAGAGAGAUGGGCUUGAAGACUCGGAUGAUUCCGACAGCGAGGAAUCCGGCCCUGGUUCGCCGGCCAUUCCAACUCAUUUGUUACAACAAGGCACAGCUCGAACGCGGGGAAUCCGCAAUGCGGCGUUGACCGCAACCGCCGGCAUCCGUUCGAAUCUGAGUGGAUUGGCUUCCGCAAGGUCUGCAACGCCGGAUUCUAUAGCACCUACCCACCACGAAGGUCGAUCGUCGGUGAGAAGAAGGGAUUACAAAGAAGAAAGUGAUGAAGAGUCCGGCCCAGAAAAGCUCGUCGUGGUUUUGAAGUUGGGAAAAGCCAAGCUUCGUGAAUGGAUGCGGUCACAGCGAGCCAAAGAUCGCGCAGGGUUGGUUUCAAAUGCCUCAAAUCAAGGAAGUCCACGUCCAGGUUCUCACUCACGGUCUGUCUCGGCUGCACCAUUGAACCUUGCCGCAAUGCCUCCUCCGCCCUCCCCCGUACCAGCUCCUGGCGACAUUCCUGGCGCUGUGGAUGCUACGCAUCAUCCUCCCAGUGCUGCUCAUCCUGCCCCUCCACCCCCUGACUGGCUUGUUCAAGAGCUGGAGCGGCUUCGGAAGAUCUAUCCCCAAGAUCGCUUCGAGGGUUUCAUGAAACAUACGGCAGUGGAUCCGAAAACCCAGAAGCUGCUGCCUGCCAAUGAAAGCAACAAAGCGCUCCCACACAAGUAUGUUCCGCGGAUUAGAUGUCUGGAUUGCCCGCCGGGCAAAAGUUACAUGCCGAGCGCCGAAAAUUUUGAAGCACACCUCAGGAAUCGUGUUCACAGGGCAAAUGUGGAGCAUAGGUUGAGCAAAGGUUGA